UGAAAAUUUAUCCGGAGCUGGUCGUCUUUAAUAGUACCUCGUCGGUGUCUCACAUUUACGCUCGUUUUCGUUCAUCGUAAAUGCUCGUUUACGAUCGCUCAUCCUUGCUACAGUUGGUACGGAUUCAUCUUUUAAUUGACCUUCUUUAACAAUACCUCGGCCAGUGUAUGUGUCUGUCAAAUCGCUUCGAUUGUUUGAAAAAAGGAGAGAAACGAUGCACGGACGUCCUGAAUAUAUGUGCUGCCAAUAAUGCAUCCUAGUGACUUUUUCUCGAGUCGAGAAACACGAGGCGAAAUUUUAGCGUCCGUGGACUUGUAGAGCAGGAGCCCCAACGGUGCAAAGCGUUCAGGCGAGCUACAUACGUCACUGUACUGCGCUGCUGAGCAUGCGUGGAAAAAUUCUACGAUUUGGGAUCACUGCCCUUCACUCAUUUGCGCACGGUGAAUCGUAGGUGUUGCUCUUAGGUAGGGUUUUGCUACAUUAAUUUGGCACGCAAAAAUCGCCGGCCCUUCGCCCGAGGAUUCGUUAACGCCGUAUAUUUCGCUCGCCCGACCCGGCGGUAUAAAUAAAAUAUGGAGACGCACGAGAAUCGGGCGCAAGAAAAACCGCAGGAUGGAGAAUAUGGAUUUGUUUGGCAAGACUAUCUCGAUGCCACAGAGAGCAUGGAGGUUCCACAGAUUAUGUUCCCUCAUGUGGAGUUAACAUUGCAAAGCAGUAUUGAGAUAGGCAUGUCACUGGAGGUGCCAGUGCAAAACAGUGAUAAGAAUGAACCCUCAUAUUGGGUGGCUACUAUUGUUAUGGCUUGCGGACCCUUAUUGCGGCUGCGUUACUUUGGUGGUGACGAUAGAUCUCUAGAAUUUUGGUUUAAUCUGACAAAAGAGGCUGGCCAUGAACUUGGCUGGAGUGAAAAGAAUGAUAAGAAGUUAAAACCACCUGAUGUUAUACUCGAAAGAUCACCUGACUGCAUGGACAAGCUGCAUGAGUUUAUGACGACAGCACGUACACUCCCAGCUGAAAUGUUAACAGGAGAUGGUCUAAGUAUGACAGAUAGGAUAAAACAGGGUAUGAAGGUUGAAAUAAGUGAUGUGUUGCAUCCAUACAAGUUAUGGGUAGCUACGAUUAUUGAAAACGUUGGAGGACGUCUUUUAUUGAGAUAUGAUACACCAGAUUCUACUCGCCAAGACUUCUGGAUAUUUUGUACGUCCGAGCGUUUACAUUCGUAUGGAUUUGCAUCUAAAUCAGAUUCUACUUGGUUUUUGGAACCACCUAGUUCGAUAAUCGAUUUGCACACGUAUGAGGAAUGGAAGGAUCUGUUAGAAUCUAAACCGAAAGAUUGCGAACUAGCGGAAGAAUUGUUUAAUAAUAAUGUAGAACAUUCAAAGCAUAGUUUUGAAGUUGGAAUGAAACUGGAGGCUUUACAUCCGAUAGAUCAAGUAAAAAUUUGUCCUGCUACUGUAACCAAAGUAUUCGACGAUAUAUAUUUUCUUGUAAAUAUUGAUGUACACGCUGGAUGCUUAAACGAAUCAGAUAAUACGCUUAUCUCUAAUAAUUUAGAAAAUAAUACAUGGCUGUGUACUGCAGAACAUCCAUAUAUAUUUCCAGUUGGAUGGGCGCAAAAAAAUGAUAUUAUGAUUACCCAUCCACAAGGCUGGACUUCGAAGACUGAAAAUUUUGAUUGGAAUGAAUAUUUGGAAGCGUGCCAUGCUAGUGCAGCGCCUGAGAAUUUAUUUAGUGAACGUACGAGUGCCAUUGAGACAGGCUUUGAGUGUGGCAUGAGACUGGAGGCUAUUGAUCCAGAACAUGAACACAUAAUAUGCGCCGCCCAUAUUAAUAAAAUCGUUGACAAUCUGUUAUGGAUAAAAUUAGAUAACUACGAAUAUUUUCGGCCGGAUCAUAUAGUCGACAUACAUUCCUUGCACAUAUUUCCUGUCGGAUGGUGCGAAUCUAAUCAUUAUCCAUUAAAACCUCCACAUGACUAUAUAGAAAUUUGUAAAAAGCUAGAAACGUCUGCAAACGAAGACAAGAAGAAAACUAAUGUUUUGGACAUACCGAUAUCUGAACCACGCUCGUCUCUCUGGUGUCCAAAGAUAUAUUUUAAUUAUCGAUGCUUUACAGGCCCCAUGAUAUCGAAGGGUAAACUAGCAACUCUUCCGAAAUCAGUGGGACCUGGACCAGUUAUACUGGUUAUGCGAGAAGUUUUAUCAAUGAUAGUAUCUGUUGGAUAUAGAAGUGCUCGAAUCUUGAAGGUUUUGCAAUGUGAUACUAAGCCAGAUCCUGGAUAUCACUUGGAAGUCUUAAAGGCGAAGCACAAAAAUAACACAUAUCGUGCAAGUGUGGCCAUUGUUACAUCAGGAGAUAUGGUGGCAGAUUUUUGCAAAAAUAUUUGUAAAAAAUUAAUGGUGUGUCCAAAUUUAUUCGGUCCGUUACAUAUAUCAGAAAACGAAUGUCCAGAUGAAUGUUAUAAAGCAUCGAAAGCGAAAUUUACAGCACCAGUUGGAACUGGUAAAAGAGGAAAACCGAAAGGUUAUACAAGUAUUAUGGUACAAAAACCAAAACCUUGGGGUAGAAGGCGUAAAAGGCGACGUGGUAGAUGGGCGAACAAGCACAAGGAAGCUCAAGAAUACGAUCACGAAGAUGAAAUGCCGUUUAUUUCGUUAGAUUUGGCAAAGCAUAUCUCGGACAACCUUAUUGAAGAAGAAGGAUUUGAUGGAAGACAACCGCUUUCAGAAAUAGAUAUCAUGAUACAAAAAGGUUUAGAAAAGUCCGACAAAUCAGACGAUUUUAAAACUGAAAUAGCCUCCAGUAACGCUUCGGAGGAUUCUGGUAGUUCGUUUAAUGAUAGAAAAGUCAAGGAUCGAGAAUUGCCCAGUCCUUCAAAUUUGACUUCAAAACAACAUUCCACAAGAUACGGUCAAAACACAGGAAUCACUCGAGGGAUUAAAAGAGAUUGGGACACGAGUAUAGAAUCCGACUGUUCUGAAGCAGAUGCCGAAUACUUGAAAAUGCAAAAGACACAACGGCGACCGAAGACGCGGAAACUUGAUUCAAAUCCGUUAUAUUGGAGCGUAGACGACGUAUUUCGGUACCUAAGAAAAACGAAUGACUGUAAAGAUCUAGCGUAUCGUGUUAAAGAAGAGGAAAUUGAUGGUCUUGCAUUUUUGUUGCUGAAUCUUCCUUCGCUUACCCAGCAUAUGAAAUUACGAACAAGUUUAGCUUUGAAACUAUGUCGACAUGUCGAACAAGUCAAGGUUACAUUUUUCCUGCGACACAUUCACGAAGUAGAACCCAAUCAAUAUCAAAUUGUUUAAUUGAUUUUACCAAUAAAACGUCUCUUCAUUCACAAUGUGCAUUACAUAUACAUAUAGCUAGAUUGACAAACUUAAUUUUUAAUUAAGUUAAUUAAGAAAUUGUAUAUCUUUUUAUUGCAUUAAUAUUUAUUGUUAUUUUUAUUGUAGCAGAAUACGCAAAAUUUUUUUAAAUCUUGGAAGAUUAAUGAAAAGUACAAGCAUGUAAAUUCACAUUGUGAAUAAAAUUAAUGUUUAUUCAACUUGUACAUAAAAUUAUUAUAUAGAAUGGAUUAUAUAACCAUUAUCUUGAGAAUUACACGAUAAAAAAAAUUUUUUUUUGA